UGGUGAUCGACGUGGGAACUGAUGGUUUAUCAGACAUUAGAUAUCAUAACUAUAUUAACGACUAUCGUAGUCCCGAAAUCAAAUGGUCAAACGAUUGGCACCAAUUUCCUGGCCUUCCCUUUAGUUUGACCAUCGAGGACGUGAUCAUUAAAAUGGGCACUAAACUACAAAAGAUGUCUGACCUCUACUGGCAUAUCUCUUUAUAUCUGUCCAUAGCUUAUGUGAUCGUCAUAUUUGGCAUCAAAUUUUUCAUGUCGUUCCGCGAUAAGGGCUACGAUCUGCGCAAAUACCUGAGCGCUUGGAACAUCUUAUUGUCGAUAUUCUCCAUCUGCGGUGUCAUCCGAUGUUUGCCAGAGUUUUUGCACAUCAUUUACACAAAAGGGAUGACCGCAUCGUUUUGUGAUGCAUCCUAUUAUGAGGAUGCUCGGCUCAACAUUUGGUACCUGUUUUUUACACUAUCGAAAGCCCUGGAACUGUUUGAUACGGUAUUCAUUGUAUUGAGAAAGCAGAAGCUCAUACACUUGCAUUGGGUACACCACGUACUGACACUGACCUAUUCGUGGUACGUGUUUGCCGACGUACCAUCAACUGCCAGAUGGAUGGUCAACAUGAACUUCUUGAUCCAUUCAAUGAUGUACACGUACUACGCGUUACGGGCCAUGCGUUUUGUGAUACCCCGUGUGGUUAAUGUGACCAUUACUUCAUUACAAAUUGCCCAAAUGUUUGCCGGACUGUUCAUCAACUACCUGGCCCUACACUAUAAACUAUCGGGCACUCCAUGCGAUCUCUCCCGAAAAGUGGCUGUCUUUGGCUUUUCGCUAUAUUUCCUUUUUUUCCUAUUAUUUAUGAACUUUUUUAUCCGUUCCUAUAUAUUGAAAGCCAGUCCACAGCAGCAAAAAGGCAAACAUUUGGUUAGCAAUGGUUACUAUAAUAAGCCUGAUAUCAAUCAAAAUACAAAUUUUAAAAACAAUUAUAAUAGUAAUGGUUAUACAGCUAAUGGCAUCGGCAAUGGUGUCUGCAAUGGAAAGCUUAAGAAAACGCUUUAAGGCUUUUUUGAUGUCAGUGUUGUUAUCGUUAAAAAAAAUAAAUAAGUAAUAAAUU